AUGGUGAGGAAGGGGAAGGAGAAGGUGACUGGCAAGCAAGGUGCCACAGCUGUCGGCGAGGGGCAGCUGUACGUCACAUCGCAACAGAGCAGAUAUGCACUUGAUGCCGUCGAUGCUCCGAAUUCGAAAGAGGUCCUGGUCAAGGAUCUCAGCAUUUCCAUUGGCAAGAAAGAAGUCCUUCGCAAUGCAGAGAUCCACCUUGAGGAAGGUCGACACUAUGUCCUCGCUGGACGGAACGGCACUGGGAAAUCAACCAUCCUCCGAGCCAUGGCCACAGGCCAAAUGACCAGCAUCGCGCUGAACCAACGCAUCCUCCUCCUCGGCCAAACCACCCUUCAACAAAACCAAGGCAUCACCGACCACGGCGACAUCGACGCCGAUCCAGACCUACCCGCCGAGUUCGCCAACCUCUCCCUCCUCCUCCCCGCCGCCAACGGACCCCCGCACAACCACCCAGCACACGACGAAACCGUCCUCGAGCACGUCCUCAACGGGAACACACACCUCACCACCCUCCGAUCCACCGUCGCCCUCCUCACCACCGCCCUCAACACCAACGACGACGCCACCACCACCACCGCCCCCGACCCGCUCGCCCCCGUCCGCGCCUACCGCCUCCUCACCUACCGCCGCCUCCGGCACGAGCACUUCACCGCCCGGCACGCCGCGAUCCGGCGCUCAGGCGCGCGCGGCAAAGACGCGCGCGCCAAGCAACUCGCCGCCGAAGCCGCCGUGAACGCGGCGCGCGAGGCGCUGCUCCAAACCACGAGCGACGUCGACGACAUCGCCGACAUCGACGACGACGUGGUGGCGGCAGAGACGCAGCGCGCGGCGGACAUGCUGGCCGAGGCGCAAGCGGAGCUGGCGGCGGUGGACGCGGGGGCGCAGGAGGCGCGGGCGCGGCGCGCGCUGCUCGGGCUGGGGUUUACCGCGGAGAGCGUGGGGAUGCCCGUGGCGCGGCUGUCGGGGGGGGUGGCGGACGCGCCGACGAAUUAUCUGGACCUGCCGGCGAUUGUGUGGCUGCAGCGGCAUGUGGCCGAGGGGGGGUUGGGGAGCACGACGGUGGUGGUGGUGACGCAUGACAGGGCGUUUGCGGAUGGGGUGGCGGAGGAGCUGUUGGUGUUGCGGGAGGGGGCGCUGGAGCGGUUCCGGGGGAACGUGACGGCGUAUGAGCGGGAGAGGAGGAGGCAUGCGAAGUGGAUGCGCGGGAUGCGGGACGCGCAGGAGCGGCGGGACGGGAGGUUGGGGCGGAGUCUGGAGGAGAGCAAGGCCAGGGCGCGCAGGACGGGCGACGAUAAGAAGCUGAAGCAGGUGGCUGGGCGGCAGAGGAAGAUGGAAGAGCGCGCGGGGUUGCAGGUCUCGGCCAAGGGGACGAGGUUCAAGUUGAAUAGGGACCUGGCGGGCCACCACGCCACGAGCCGUGCCGAGAUCGAGGUCCCCGCGUUCGACGAGCUGCCGCGCAUUGUGGUGCCGCUGGUUCCGACCGAUUUGAAGUUCCCCGGCGCCCUGGUCAGCGUGGAGAAGGUGUCGUUCCGGUAUCCUGGCGGUCGCGAGGACGUGUUGAAGGAGGUGGAUCUGAUCAUCCACCCGGGCGAACGUGUUGGUUUGGCGGGCUUGAACGGAUCCGGAAAGACGACGCUGCUGGAGUUGAUCACUGGUCAGCAGGCCUCGGUGCCUACAAAGGGCACCAUCACCCGCCAUCCCCGCGUCCGCAUCGGCCGCUUCUCUCAGGAGGCCGUCGAGCACCUCGACGCCAUGCCCGCCGCCACGUCCACCAGCGCACUCGCCCACCUCAUCGCCUUCUUCAACGAAGCAUCUACCACCACAAUGAACCCCGGCGCUGCCACUUCGGUAUUCUCAGACCCCUCUUCCCAGCCCAUCUCUGAACAGGAGGCGCGAGUGCUGCUCUCCGGCUUGGGCCUCCAGGGUGCCGUCGUCUCGGACGUUCCCGUCUCGGCGCUGUCGGGCGGGCAGAAGGUCCGGGUGGCGCUGGCGAAACUCCUGUGGCCCGCGCCGCCGCACCUACUCAUCUUGGACGAGGUGACGACGCACCUUGACGCGGAUACUAUUCUAGCUUUGGUCAGUGCGCUGCGGGCCUACGAGGGCGCGAUCGUUGUGGUUAGUCACGACCGGUUCUUUGUGAGAGGUGUGGUGGAAGGGGCUAGGGUGGAUAGAGGGUUUGGGGAUGAUGGUGAGGAUGAAGAGGGAGAUGGGAGUGAGAGUGGGGAGAGUGAGGAUGGGGCGUUGAAGAGGGUGGGUGUGGUUUAUAGGUUGGCGAAAGGCCGGUUGAGGAAGUUGGAGGGUGGGAUGGAGGAGUAUGAGAGAGAUGCUGAGAGGGCAGUUUCGAAGUUGAGGGAUGUGUGA